AUCAUUUCAUCGGAUUGGUGGAAGUGAUCUUCGUGUUCCUAUUUUGAAAAAAUAAAAUCCUUUCCAUAACAAAAGGUAGUUGACUUAACAUUGUUUAGUGGAGGUCCUAGAAUUUACGUAGCAUGGAAGCUCCGCGAGUGCCAAUCAUUUCUGACAAUAAUGACCUUGGAAACGUUGCCAUUGAUGCAACAGGAUGUUUGCCAGUUUCCGAUCGUGACCCAUCCAAGUUGGAAAAGGAUAGUGUACCUUAUGACUUGAACUUCAGUAUAAUGUGCUUGCUGAGGAAUCAUAAUUCAGAACCAGUUGAUAAAGGUGGACUUUCAAUGUGUGCCGACGUUAAUCCAGAUGACGAUCACGGAUUUUCAGAAGACAAGGGACCGCGAAAUUUUAAUUUCAGCAAUGGUUCUUCGAAUUUACAUAGUACAUCAACCCUAGUGAAACCAACUCCUAUAAGGCCAACCGGAGGUUUCUGUACUGCGCUACUGUGCCCACAGUUACUCCCCUAUGAAGAACCAACGCAGGAGCGACUGUUUCAAAAGGCAAUACCUGAUGGGUCUUCCACCAAAAUAAUCACCUCACAACUACAAAACAAUCUACAAAUAAGUCAACAGCCUUUCAAACAAACCCUGUCGCAAUUCGAAACAGGAACUAGUAAUUGUGUGCAAAGUACAAAUUCUGGAAAAAGGAAGCGUUCGUGGUCACGAGCUGUUUUCAGCAAUUUGCAACGAAAAGGUUUGGAAAUUCAAUUUCAAAUUCAAAAAUACAUUACAAAACCGGACAGACGUAAGUUAGCCGCAACAUUAAAUCUUACCGAUGCCCAGGUCAAAGUUUGGUUUCAAAAUCGACGUAUGAAAUGGAGACAUGCAAGAGGAAAUUUUAGGAAUAAACAGGAGAAAUCUGCCUAUGGGAAACAGUUUUAUGAGGAGGAAAGCAGUGAUGAGAAUGAAAUAGAUGUUGUAGCGGAUUGAAUACUAUAAUACCACUUAGUGCAGUAUUUUUAGAUUAGUUAUUUAAUAAUGUGACUUGAAUGUUGUAGGUUUAUUUAUUUUAUUAGAUUGAUGUAGCUUUAAAGUUCGUAGAUUAGAUUAUAUAUUAUAUAUAUGAUUUAAUGAAUUGAUAUGUCUAUAUUGA